CUGAGCUCCUUCGUUUGUUGAAUUUUAUUCUUUUGGGUUGGGAGAAUGCUCUCCGUUCCUUGGGAACCACCCCUGGGCGCCUUGAAGUCUGCCCCUCCCUCCCGCAGCCUCCCAUCAGGGCAGGGGGAGGGUUGCUGCUGGCAGACCUCGGAAGAGGCAGAGAGGGCCCUCAGGAGAGCUUGAGGCUCCUGGGCCACCUUGAGGGCAUAGAGCUGGGAGAGUCCCACACAAGCACCAGUGUGAGGCCAGCAUCCUUGGGAAGCUGCAGGGAAGGGGACCCCCCCCCCUUUGGGGUUCCCUGGGGCGUCCAGGCUGACCUGGUUGGGGGGAGGAGCCAGUUUGGCUGCAGGUAAGAAGGAAGAGCUGCAGCCUUGGAUGGGAGCCCAAAGCCAGGCUGGGAAAGGCCUGGCUCUCCUCUCGGCCGGGGGCGGCUGGGAGCGUCUGCUCUGGGCAGGCUCCUCUGGCCAGCUGUCCCUCACCCUCCCCUUCAACACUAGACCGACCAGAGCGGGGCCACCAGGGCGGUGGGGCUUUGCCCGGCUGCUCAGCCGGGACGGUGACUGGCCACUUUUGCUCUCCCAGACCUGGAAGCUGAGGGUGACCACAGAGCAAGUGGGGAAGCGGGACGUGGUGGCCCUGGUUGGGCAUCAAGGGCAGCACCUCCUGGUGGAAGCAGAUGGCACGGUGCGUUGUGGACGGCCGGGGGCCGAGAAGCGGAGCCGGUUUCUGCUGGAGGUCCAUCCGAGUGGGGCCUGGACCCUCCAGCAGCUGGAGAGCCAGAAGUUCCUGGAGUCUGAUGGGGAGGACGUGUUCUGCGUGGCCCGAGGCCUGACCGCUCACCACCUGUGGAUGCCCCAGCUGGCCGAGCAUGUGCACGUGGUCCUCUUCAACCCCAGCAGCCAGCUCUACGCCCGGACCGACCCGGAACUGAAUCGGGUCUGGGUGGAUGCUCCCGUGCCCUACCUGGAGGAAUGCGGCUUCCUCCUGCGGUUCAGGAAGGGGGCCUGCCACUUGGAGACCUCCACCCACCAGUUUGUCUCCAGAGCAGAGAAGCUGGCCGCGAUGCCCUCCGCGGAGACGGCCUUUCACCUGAACCUGAAGCCCGGCUGCCUGGCCUUCCUCACGGACAGGGACGGGCACGUCUUAUACCCGCAGGGCAGCCGGGGGCUCCUCUGCCUUGGGGACCACCCAGAGGAGAACGAGGAGUGGUUUGUCAUCCAGCGGUGCCCCCCGUGGGUCAGCCUGGGAACGAGAGCCAACCGAUUCAUCAGCAUCAUUUCUGACUCCGAAGUUUACGCUGGUCCUAAGAAGCUGAGCCCAAUGUCCACGUUCCUCUUUGAAAUGGACUCCCACAGCCAAACGGUGCAGAUAAAAGGUGUCCAUCACAAGUACCUGGCUCAGAGACCCUUCCAGAGCGUGCUGGCCAACGGGGCGGCCAAGGAGGCAGAGACCAGGUUCCAGGUCCUCUGGCAUUACGGGAAGGUCUUCCUGAGAGCUCCCAGGGGCCGCUACCUGGGAACCCUGCCAGUGGGGCUGCUGGUAGCUCGAGCCACACACCCAGGGCCCCACGAGGAGUUUGUGCUGCGCUUUGCCAACCGCUCCUUCCUGGUGCUGCGUGGGCACUAUGGCUACGUGGGCAGCUCCCCCUGCCGAGAGACCCUGCAGGGCAACCUCCUGGAGCCGGAGCCUGUGGAGAUCCUGCCUUGCAAGCACGGCGUCUACCACCUCCAAAGCCGUGGAAAGAGCUUUUGGUCCCUGACCCCAGAAAGGACCUUCAGCCCCUGGGGGAAGUUUGCCUUGAACUUCUACCUGGAGAUCCAGGGGAAGAACCUGCUGGCCAUUGUAGCCCCCAAUGGCUACUAUGUGCGUGGAGACCGGGAGGGCUGCCUGGUGGCUGACAGCGAAGAGAUCGCCCGAGACUGCCUUUGGGAGUUCUAGCCUCGGAACGGCCUUGUCGGAAAGAGGGGCCCUGGCUGAGUGGCUGUCUGUCUGGACACGCCCUGCAGGGCCCUCCACCCUCGCUUGUCCCGAUGCUUCAGGGGAGGCUGCCCGGUGGCUGAGGAAGAGCUUGUUGCUGUCCGCGUGAGCCAAAGGGGAGGGGGCCCUCCCCUCGCCUGCGAAAUCCCGUGGGGAGGGCCCCUUGGGAGCUCUUUGCACCAAUGAAGUGGCUUCACCCCGUUUGGGCCCCCGUUGCAUUUUCUCCUCGGCCUCCUGGCUUUGGGAAGUGGGGCAGAGGUCUCUGCUCUGGGUUCAAAUGGCCGGAGGGAGGUGGGGGAGCCAUGAAUGAAUCCAGGCCAGGCUUCUUGCUCUGCCUGGGACCCAGGGCCACUCCGAGAGGCCCUGAGGAUGGGCCUCCCUGCCCGUCUCCCCAGGCCGCCCACCGCCAGGCUGCCUCUCGGCCCCAGCAAGAGCUUUUGGGCGCUGCCUGUCCAGAGGAGGAAAGGAAGAAUCCAUUUGGGCCCUGGAAAGACCCGUGUGUGUGUGUGUGCGCACGCAUGCGCGGUGUCCCUUGUCUUCUGCCCAGAGGCCUAGGGUUUGCCUCCCCCAGGGCUCGGGGCAGAAGGGCACCCAGGAAGCCGCUGGGCCUCCCUCCUGGCCUCGGAAGGCGGGUCGAGGGCUACAAACGUUAUUGGAAAGGACGGGGCAAACGUUCUCCCCCCUUUUUCCACGCGGAGGGGAUUAAGGGCAGUUGUCCACCUUAGUUAUUCCCCUCCCCAGCCCUUCGCUCGUGUUUUUCUCUUUGGCGGGAUCUGAUCUUCUCCAGCCUCCGU